AUGCUCCUAAAGAAUCAUACCUUUGGUGACAACUUUUACAUUCUUCCAUUUUUCCUUCACGCUGAAAAGAAGUCCCUUAUUUCCAUUGGGUUUGUCUUAAUUUAUAUCUUCGGCCUGAUGUGGAAUGGAGCUAUUAUCAUGGUCUUUACUAUGAACUCCCAUUUGCACAUCCCCAUGUACUUAUUCCUCUGCAAUCUAUCACUGGUAGAUAUGUGCUACACAACAGUCACUGUCCCUAAGCUGCUAGAGAUCUUACUGUCUGGGAACAACAUGAUAUCCCUUCUACAAUGCUUGGCCCAGAUGUACUUUUUCGCCCUCAUGAUAAGCGCUGAGGUCACUAUGUUGACCAUCAUGGCCUACGAUCGCUAUAUUGCUAUAUGUAUCCCACUACAUUACCACCAUAUUAUGAGUAGGAGAAACUGCCUUUGGAUCCUGAUUUUGGCCUGGGUAUCUGCUAUUUUCAAUUCAGUCUUCUUGACUAGUUUUGCUUCAACCACAGCUUGGUGUCAACCUAAGAACAUUGAAAACUUUUACUGUGACGUGAAGGCUUUGGCUAAGAUCUCCUGCUCUGAGUUAAGAUUCCAAGCAAUCAUCUUUAUCGAUACGCUUUUACUUGGGUUCCUCCCAUUCACUAUAAGUUUAUUGUCCUAUGUCAAGAUUCUCGGGGUGAUCUUAAGCAUUGCUUCCAUGGAGGGCAGGAAAAAAGCCUUCUCCACCUGCUCGUCUCACUUCAUUGUCCUUCUCUUCUUCUAUGGAGCAGGAGUUUGUGUGUAUAUUAGGCCUCCAACCCAAUACUGGGAAGAACCAGAGCAGGUAUUUUCUAUCCUAUACACCAUAGUAACUCCUACCUUAAACCCUCUGAUCUACAGCUUACGCAAUAAAGACGUAAAAGACGCUCUAAUAAAACUUAUUAGGUUGAAGUCAAAGUAA